AUGCGUUUAUCUGCCCAGUAUGGCCCAGUCGCUCAUUCAGGCGGACCGUACCUUAGCGGAACCUCGGCACCGACAAACCAACUAGGCGGACCAUCCCAGGCUGUCCCCAGAACUAGGAACGCUGCACUUGAGGAUAAUUCUUCGUCAAUUCUGGAAGGGAGUGCACAUGCUUUUACAGCCGAAGACCAUGACGGCACCACCGCGCCGCUGCCCAAGCGGAAGCGAAAAAGAGCAUCCAACCCGUGCCAGCGGUGUAGACGCAUAAAACGACCCUGCCAGGAACAGCGACCACGGUGCUCGAGCUGCGAGCUUGCAGACGAAGAUUGCGUUUACGUACCCGGCAAGAGACGCGGCCCGGCCCCCAAGAGCAACGCCUCAACGCUGGCAGAGGGAAUACUGGGGCUGAUUCACAGAGACAACCCAGAUCUCGAGAAUCAAAUCAAGGAAUUUCUGGAGGGACAGGACGAAAGCGGCAAACAGAGAGUCGCGUACAUCGAGGCCGAGGAGAACAAGUCAGACUUGGUGAAGUCGUUUCGAAGUGGUUCGCUUUCAGGCCUGUUUGGAGCAUCAGAGGAACGAUCCAGCGUAUCUUCAGUUGAGGUCUUGCCCCGUCGCGUUUCUCUGGUUUUCCUGCCUUCUUGGGAAGCUUGGUAG